UAGGCGUCCGGCUGUAGAGCUGGUGGGAGGAUCACACAGGAAGGUCAGUCUGGCUGGUCAGGCCUUAUGCUCUUUGAAACGGAUCCAAAGAGGAGCUCUUUCUCGCCCUCUUGUUUGAUUUUUUUUUCCUCCGCGAGGCUUCGGUUUGCGCGGACGUCCUGGCGUUUUGGCACUACUACCACCUGAAGCUCUUCCGCUUCCUCUUUUCUCUGGCUCCGCCCCCAGCGUCCUGUGGCCAUGACGACCGCCCCGCGGGACUCUCUGGUGUGGAAGCUCGCGGGGCUUCUGCGCGAGUCCGGGGAUGUGGUGCUGUCUGGCCAUAGCACCCUGACCCUGCUGACUGCCACAUUGCAGCACCUGAACCACGUAUUUGAGCUGCAUCUGGGGCCAUGGGGCCCUGGCCAGAUAGGCUUUGUGGCUCUGCCCUCCCAUCCCGCCGACUCCCCCAUCAUCCUCCAGCUUCAGUUCCUCUUCGAUGUGCUGCAGAAAACGCUUUCACUCAAGCUGGUCCAUGUCCCAGGUCUUGGCCUCUCAGGGCCCAUCAAAAUUUUUCCCUUCAAGUCCCUUCGUCAGCUGGAGCUCCGAGGUGUCCCCCUCCACUGCCUCCAUGGCCUUCGUGGCAUCUAUUCCCAACUGGAGACCCUGAUCUGCAGCAGGAGCCUCCAGGCAUUAGAGGAGCUGCUGUCAGCCUGCGGUGGUGACCUCUGCUCUGCCCUGCCCUGGCUGGCUCUGCUGUCUGCUGACUUCAGCUACAAUGCCCUGACUGCCUUAGACAGCUCCCUACGUCUCUUGUCAGCUCUUCGCUUCUUGAACCUGAGCCACAAUCAAGUCCAGGACUGCAAGGGCUUCCUGAUGGAUUUGUCUGAGCUCUGUCACCUGGACAUCUCUUACAACCACCUGCGUUUGGUGCCGAAAAUGGGACCCUCGGGGGCUGCUCUGGGAACCCUGAUUCUGCGGGGCAAUGAGCUCCAGAGCCUGCAUGGCCUGGAACAGCUGCGGAACCUGCGGCACCUGGAUGUGGCCUACAACCUGCUGGAGAGACACAGGGAGCUGGCGCCACUGUGGCUGCUGACGGAGCUCCGCAAGCUCUGCCUGGAGGGGAACCCGUUGUGGUUCCACCCUGAACACCGCGUGGCCACCGCCCGGUACCUGUCGCCCCGCGCCCGGGAUGCUGCUGCUGGGUUCCUUCUUGACGGAAAGGCCUUGUCACUGACUGAUUUACAGACCUCCAUGUCCUCGGGGCUCAGCACCACGGCACCACCUCCGCCCUGGCCAGUGGGGAGUAUGAUCGAAACCUCCGGUGGCCCUGACUUGAGUGACAGCCCCUCGUCAGGGGGUGUUGUUGCCCAGCCCCCGCUCCGCAAAGUGAAGAGCCGAGUCCGCGUGAGGCGGGCGAGUAUCUCGGAACCCAGCGACACAGACCCGGAGCCCCGGACACUGGACCCCUCCCCGGCUGGGUGGUUUGUGCAGCAGCAUCGGGAGCUGGAACUCAUGAGCAGCUUUCGGGAGCGGUUCGGCUGUGACUGGCUGCAGUAUCGGAAUCACCUGGAGGCCUCUGCCCCCAGCACGCUGUCCCCGGACGCCCUGAGCCCAGGGCCUGUGCCCAGCCCUCCACCACCUGAGAAGGAGUCUCCGCAGGAGGUGGCAGAGGAGGUCCGGCCAGAGCUGGAGCCUCAGGAGGAAGAGGAGCUGGAGGAGCAGGGAGAAGAGGAGGGAGGAGAGGAGCAAAGCGAAGUGGAGGGCCACCUAUUUGAGGUGGAGCUCCAAGCAGCUCGAACCCUGCAACGGCUUGAGCUUCAGAGUCUGGAGGCAGCUGAGAUAGAGGCAGAGACCCAGACCCAGAGCGAGCAGGUGCCCGAGGGCUCAGAUCCACGACCCCAGGGCCCCAUCCUUGCUCUCCGCUUCUCCUACAUUUGCCCUGACCGGCAGCUGCGUCGCUACAUGGUGCUGGAGCCAGAUGCCCAGGCGGCUGUCCAGGAGCUGCUGGCUGUGCUGACCCCAGCAGCCACCUCUCAGCAUCAGCUUGAGGAAGCAGGGGGCCCGCCAGGGGACAGACUCCAGUGUCUGCGCUGUGGCCGUGAGUUCAAGCCAGAGGAGCCCAGGUUGGGGCUGGACGGUGAGGAAGGCUGGAGGCCGCUGUUCCAGAAGACAGAAUCAUCUGCUGUAUGUCCAUACUGUGGUAGUGAUCACGUGGUUCUUCUGGUUGUGUCCCCCGGAACCCCCAGUGGGGAGCGGAGACGGGAAGAGCAAUCGCUGGCCCCCUCGCAGUCCCUGAGUGCUGUCCACGACCCUCCUGGCCACACCGACCCCAGCAACGGGGCUGGCAGUGCCCCAUCCCAGGCCCCAGCCUCCCAUGACCACCACAGUUGGAGCCUCAGCCCGCCCCUUGAGCGCUGCGGCCUCCGCUCCGUGGACCACCGACUCCGACUCUUCCUGGAUGUCGAAGUGUUCAAUGAUGCCCAGGAGGAGUUCCAGUGCUGCUUCAAGGUGCCGCUGGCGUUGGCAGGCCACCCGGGGGAAUUUCUGUGUCUUGUGGUUGUGUCUGACCAAAGGUUCUACGUGUUGAAGGUUACAGGGGAGAUCUGCGGGCCCCCGGCGAGCUGGCUGCAGCCGGCCCUGGCCGUUCCCCUGCAGGAUCUGCGGCACAUAGAGCUGGGCCUGGCGGGACAGAGCCUGCGGCUGGAGUGGGCAGCUGGGAUGGGGGCCUGUGUCCUGCUGCCCCGAGAGGCCAAGCGCUGCAGGGCCUUCCUGGAGGAGCUCACUGAUGUCUUGCAGUCCCUGCCCCCCACGCGGAGGAGCAGUGUCAGCGCCACGGAGGAGGAGGUGACCCCGAAGCACAGGCUCUGGCCACUGCUGAAGACAGACUCUUCCUUGGAGCCUCCCCGGUUCUUCUACCUUCGAGCUUUCCUGGUUGAAGGACCUGCUGCCUGCCCUGUGUCCCUGUUGCUGACUCUGUCCACCCUGUACCUGUUAGAUGAGGACCCUGCAGGGUCCCAGGCAGAGCCCCCUCCUCCAGCAGCGUCUGGCGAAGCAUCUGAGAAGGCCCCACCCCCCAGGCCAGGCCCCUCAGUGAGCGUCAGGGAGCAGCAGCCCCUCAGCAGCCUGAGCUCCGUGCUGCUGUAUCGCGUGGCCCCGGAGGCCCUGCGGCUGGUCUUCUACGACGAGGUGUCCCGGCUGGAGAGCUUUUGGGCACUCCGAGUUGUGUGUCCGGAGCAGCUGAUGGCCUUGCUGGCCUGGAUCCGGAAGCCCUGGGAGGAGCUGUUUUCCAUCGGACUCCGAACUGUGACCCAGGAGGCUCUGGACCUUGACCAGUGAGGCUGCCGGGCUGGCCCCGCCCCUGCCAUAGAAGCCAUGGCUACAGAUGUCCUCUCUCCAGACUCUGGCCGCUGACUCGUCUGGCUUCUAGGCACUGGCCAGCAAGGCCCCGGAUGACCCCUGGCGCAUGGGCAGGGUGAGAGGACUAGUCCGGCCUCUAGUUGACCUGGCCCCAGGGGAUGGGCCGAGUGGUCAGAAGGAGUGUUUCUCUUGCACUUUGCUCAGGUAUCAAUAAAGCUGUUUCCAUUCCAGAUGCCAUAGGGGCACCUGGAAGUGUCA